UUGAUUGGAUCUCAUUGCACUUAUUUUCAGGUCGAUCAACAGAAUCUCGUCAAAUACAGUCAAUACCUCGAGCUUCUCCGGAACGCUUAUGGAAUCCAGUUACCGGGUGAACUCGGACAGCAGUCCGUUCAACCACAGCCUGAGUAUCAGUUGUCCGCCUACCCAUCGGCUACGCUGACAGCGUACCAAGCCUCCGGCGCACAACCAGUGCAACCACAACCUGGUUAUCAGCUACCCGCAUAUCCGUCGUCAGCGCCAACUUACCAGGUUGCCGCAGCGCAACAGCCCGUUCAACAACAAACCGAAUACCAGUUGCCCGCUUACCCUACGGCUAAUGGGCAGUACCAGGCCGGGAAUCCUUACGCUCCUGCACUGCAAACUGUCGACCAUGGUGGCCAACAUCUGACGGCCUAUGCGGCUUCCACUGCCUCACCUCAGCAGCAGUACCAAAUCUAUCAACCUCAAACUUAUGGACAAGCUGGACAACCACAGCAACAGCAAGUCUAUCAGCCCACUGCUCAACAAACCUACUCACAACCCGCUCAAGCCCAAACCUAUCAGCAACUCGUACCUCAACCACAGUCACCUCAACCUCCAGCUCAACCACAGUACCCUUCGCCGUACUCUGCCACUCAAGUACCUCUAAGUUCUCAGGAAUAUACUGCACCACCUCAACAGCCACAUUAUCCCUCACCUCAAACGAUACAGUAUCCAGGACAACAGGUCCCGUCCGGAAUUCCUCAGCAAUCUGUGCAACAACCACGGCAGCCACCACAGCAACCACAACAGCAAUCUCUAAGCUAUGGUCAGCAGGCUGUUCCAACCUAUCAGACAGCCGCUCUAACAUAUCCGCCGCAGCAUCCUCAACCAGGCAUUCAACCACAGCAACCCAAACCUCAGGUCUAUGCAUACCGAGGUUCAGGACAAGCCGUACAUCCCACGUACAGUUCAAAUCUGGCCUCACACUCCUCCGAGCAGCCCGAAUACGAAUCAAAUUCCGUAACCGAACUGGAGACAAUGGGAAGUGUUUAUGGAGGCGGAAGCGAGUACCCACAUGUGAUUGAGGAGAUUUACACGCCUCCGCAAACUCCAGCCACAACUCGUCCUACCACCACCCCUCGUCCACCUCCUGUGACAACUCGCCCACGCCCACAGACAACUCGUCCACGUCCACAGACAACUCCAGCUCCACAGCCAACGACGACAAAAUCAUCGGCAAUGGCGAUCACUUCUCAAUCGUUAACGCAGCAGGUACGGUAA